AACGCCCCCAGAAGAAAGAAGAAGAAGAGGCGAUGUUGUUGUUGUCAUAAGCGAUCCCAGGGACGCUACUGACAAAUAUAAGAUCAAUCAAUGAUGGCGAAUCCUUAUGGUUUAUUUCCGACUGUGCCUACAAACACUGGUGCCACGUUAUUGUGUGCACAAUGCAAGAAAUUUUUCACUUAUAUGGACAGUGUUGUGUUAUGUGAGGGUGCAUGCAAGCGUUGGUAUCACGCGAAAUGCGCAAAGAUUCCCGAUGCCAAGUAUAGGGUAAUGCAGGAUAAAGAGGAGAACAAAUCUUUGGGUUUGAAAUGUGCAUGGACUUGUAAGGAGUGUCGAGAUAGACCAGAUUCUGCAAGAGACUCAGAAUUUGAAACAUUUGUGAGAGAGAGGCUAGGGAAGUUAGGCCAAGUACUUGAGUAUUUAGUGUCAAAAUUGCAAGAUGUUGAGAAUCGUCAAAAGUCACAAGAGGCUGAGUAUACAAAGCAGCACUGGCAACAACAACAAGCAACAAUAGUUGCUAUUCAAGGUGCAGCAGUGCCAACUCCUCGAACCACACACUUAUUUCAUGAAUUUGGAACUGCUCAUCCUUCCAGUGCACAGAUAGUUAAUGCACAACAGCAGGCUGCAAAGGAAAUUCCAGGUUUUACACCAAUGGAACAUAAGAUUAUCCAUGAAGUGAAACUGAAGAUGGAUGGAAGUUCAACCCCCAAACAAGAAGUUGAUGGGCAGACAUCUGACACCUUGCAUCUCAUGCGCCCACUUAUUGACCCAAUAUCUGGACAGGAGAUUGAAGGGACCCAAGGCCAGGAACAUGGUGAAGCCAUAUACAAUUUCACUGGUAAUUUCACCACAACACAGAGCCAAACUACGCAACCAACUGGAUUAAAGGAAGCUAUGGAAUGCCAUUAUGGGGAUUGCAAAUGCAUCAAACAAGAAAACCAGCAGGAUUCUUCAGCCCAAACAGUGCCACCUCCUCCAGUUCCCUUCAAACCGUGUUCUGGAAAGCAUUGCAACUGUACUUGUAAGACCCACAAAAUUGUUAUUGCACAGAAAAAAGAGCAUGCUGGGAAAAUUCAUAAAUGUGCACAUUGUGACUUCACUAGUAAGCGUUCUGACAAUGUAAGACGGCAUAUGCUUAGACAUACGGGUGAAAGACCCCAUAAGUGUCCACAUUGUGAUUUCAGUGCAAAACGACCACAUUCCAUAAAAAAACAUAUAGAAAAUAUUCAUAGUAAGGAAUUGAAUUGUGAAAGCAUUACAAUGGAAAAUUUGCAAACUAAGAAUAGAACUGAAGAAAUUUCCUUAGAUGGUAUUCAAGAAAAAGACCUAAGAGGUGACAGCAUAACGCUGGAAAAUCUUCACGAAAAAAGCUUACACACAGAUGGUAUUGCCAUGGAAAAUAUCCAUACCAAAGAUCUUGGAACUGAAACUAUUGCUAUGGAAAGUAUGCAAAGUAAAGACUUAAGCACUGAUGGGAUUGUUAGAUAAAAUCUAGUAAUCAUAUUAUAAAUAAUAUUUCUUUUAGGCUCUUACAGUUAGCAUGCUGCUGCAUUGCUAAUUGAAAGAAUUUCUAAAGUACAAAAUGUUCAUCUGUAAAACACAUGAAAGCAUUGAGGUAGUGAUGUCUUAAGAGGUACAAUCUAUUUUAUUUAUUUCUUACUCUGCGAAAAAGCAGGUCUGUGUUGCAACCAAAGUACAGUAGUCAUUAAAGAGCAGCCAAGUUUUCAUAGCUUGUAUUGUUUCUGUAGUAAGAAUAAUAUAAUGUUAUGUAUAUUUAAAUGUUAUUGUAAUAACCAGUAUGUCUAUCAUGAUCAAAAUACUCAGCAAAUUCAUACCUUCAUAGUUAUGUAAUAUGAUGCCUGUACCUGUUUAUCCUGCUCCUGGGUUCAUUAUAAGUUUGGACACUUUUAGAGGGUAUGGUUUUAUUCCAAUUUUUAUUUAUUCUUUCAUGACAAAGCUUUAAUUUGAAGUUUUUAAUAUUUGUGACACCUAACCUCUGAAGUGUUGCAAACAAAAGAAGAAUAGCCCAAAAGCCAUUUACUGAAUAACAGUUUGAACACCUUUGACCCACAAUUGAUCCCUGAUCCUCUUUAUCUGCCUAGAGCAACCAGAUUUCCUGAACAACAGCAUCAAUAUGCAGUAAAUGUGCCUUGCUGUCAAACUUCUCAGUUCUAGAGGUCCUUUAUUCCUCACACCAUUGGACUGGAACAGCCUCCCUGUGGAAGUUGUGCUGUUGGAACUAAAGAAGUUCAAGUGAAGGGUAAUACAUUACUAUACAAUACUGAUCUCUUUGCAUUUUAAUGCAUGUUUAUCUAUUUGUUAAUUUAUUGAUUUUUUGUUUUCUUUUUUAAUAAGUGGGGGUCUCCUUUCUUUAUGUCCCUUUACCUCAUCUUACUUCUUCCUAUUGAACACAAUAUUCUUUUGAAGCUUGAAUUUUUAGUCAGUUGCCCCUGUGGCCUUGUUCCAUAUGGAUAGGUUUCACCUGCUGAAAAAUAAUGAUGAAAAUAACAUGUAAAAAAAACUGCUAGCUUCAUUCAUAUGCGUCACCAUUAAAUCAGUACAGUAACACCUCAAACCUAGAUUAAGUUAAGUAUAUCUUAGUUCAACCAGACCACUGAGCUGAUUAACAGCUCUCCUAGG